AUGUCUGACUGGUACAGAUUACUUCUUGCUAAAUCUCCGGUGAAAUCCCAAGGUAGAGGUCGUGGAAGAGGCUGGCCAGUUCAGUCUCUGAAGGGUGUCAUUCAGAAGUCGUCGCAAGAAGAAGGAGAGGAAAGCGUAGCUGAAGAAGUAUCUGAAGACGAAAAACAGGAGGAGGAUGAAGAUUUUGAGAGUGAAAUGGAGGAAGUGGAGAAGAAAAAGAACAAAUCACCCAAGGGGAAGGAGGAGAAGAAAAAAAAGAAAAUGGGGAAGGGAAGAAAAAAAGAAGGAAAUGAGAGUGAGGAGAUUGAUGAGGAAGUGGAGAAAGGGAAGAAGAAAAAGAAGAAAAAAGGAGGAAAUAAUAGUGAUGAAAGUGAUGAUGAUUCUGAAGAAAAAUGGAAGAAAGGGAAGAAGUCAGGUAAAGGGAAGAAGAAAGGGAAAGGGAAGAAAAAUAAAGAGGAAAGUAAAAAUGAGAAAGAGGACAGUGAUAAGUCUGAACCUGAAGCGGAGGAAGAAACUAACAAGAAGUCUCCAAAAGGAGGGAAGACAAAAAAACUAACAAAGAAAGAGAGAUUAAAGAAACUUAAAGAGGCUAAAGAAGCUAAGAAGGCCAAAUUACUUGAAAAGAAGAAGGCAAAAUUGAAACAAGGUAAAACUAAAGAAAAGAAAAGUGGAACAGACACAGAAGUGACCCAGUCAGAUACAUCAUCGAAGAAAAAGUUGGGAAAAGUUACGAAAGGUGUGCCUGACCCAAAGGAAGAAUCCAUUUAA